UUACUUACCCGUAUCGUUACUCUUGCCUCUUCUAUGAGCCAGUCCUUCGGAAAAAAAAGUAAAAAUGUCUUCCUCGUACCAGUCAUCACGGUCAUCUGCAACUCAUAGAAGAGCGGCUACGCCACCAAUUGCAAACAACACGGCCUCUUCCGGAUCCAUCCAGCAAUAUGUUGACCCGGCUCCGACCCCACGGCCCAUAUUCCAGUUUCUCGGGUUCGGCUUCAUCCUAUUCCUCGUCUUUCUUCAGUUCCUCCCCGCUACUCAUUUCCGACACCCCUCUGAUCCUCUGAGAAGCUGGACCCCUUUUGAUGAUUCUACCGCCGGAAUUUUGUUUCUAUUUUUCCUGUUUAGUCAAGCCGAAUACUCUCGUCUUAAAUUAUUACAGUUUGGGGCUACAAGUGAUGGGAAUUCCAGUUCUGCUGCAAAGAACAACAGGGAGGAUGGAAUGGUACAUGUUGUGUCAUGGAUGGACUGUCUCGAUCUUCGCUUGCUUGCUGUUCUUGCUAACUCAACUCUAUUAAGCUCGAGAUAUCCACAUCUGGUUUUCUUUCAUUUCUUUAUCCCUAAAGGGAAUGAAGACAAAGUUUCCUUUUUCAAAUUAAAAGUUCUAUUUCCACAUUCAAACCUCGAAAUUCAUGGGCAGGAGGAAGUGAAAGAAAUAAUUGCAGCUGCCAUUUCUGGAACACAAUUUGCUGGAUCCAGCUUUGUGGAAGUAGCACCUUUUAUCAUUCCAAGUGUGCACCAGUCCUUAACCAAGUUCAUUUAUAUCUCACCAAACAUACUAAUGAAGGGAAAAGUUGAAGACCUAAUUGGAACUGCCUUGAGCAAUUAUGCCAUUGGAGCUGCUGAGGACUGCUCUAGAAAAUUAGAUAUGUUUGUUGAUUCCAAUGUGUUGGAUGCUAUUCAGAGAUCAGCUUCAAAUCCUUGGGUUUCUGAGACACCUUAUGCGAAAAAUGCAUGUAUGCCAGACUUGAGUGUGCUUUUGAUUGAUUCAACAAAAUUGGACGGAGAUUUUGUGGAUGCUUUUCUGUGGUGGAGUAAAGUUCUCAAUUUGAAUGAAAGGAGCAGUGGAAAAAAUUCGGCCAUUGUCUUAGCACUCUACAAUAAAUAUCUCAAGCUUUCUAAUUCUUGGUCGGUCACACUUGCAACAUCUUCAGAAACGAUCAACAAUACUAGGGUUAUCCAGUAUGACAUACCCAACAGUGUUUGUUCUCAAUUUGGAAGUGGUGCUACCCCACAGAUUUCGGGUAAUGGAAAUAUCUGGAAGCAUUACCUUUCCCCAAUGUCAGAUCAAAUCUUGGGAAGCUAGGAUUUUGGCUUCGAAAGAAAGAAUACUGCAGUACAUAAUGCCAUAAAUCUCACCAAAGGUGAAAAUAUUACAACUGGCGGACAUUUGUGAAAUUCCUAUUUCAUUUUGUUUUAUGUUCAGGUGUUGAUUUGUACUUUUCAUACACUACUGUAUAUUUGUGGGUAAUUCAUUCAUUCAUUCAGGAGUGGUGAAGGAUGUGCUCUAAAUAAUAGCCAAAAAGUGUAUAAAAUAUGUAUGGUAGCGAAAACUGCAUGGAAAACUACUCAAUAGUCUUUUAUGGAUGGAUUAUUUCAGCCUAGAGAGAAAGUUGACUUUUCUUGUCAGCAGAAAGCAUAGAUUUGCAUUGAAAAGGCUACUAAAGUCGUGCACCAUCAAUUGAUUUUGUUAACAGUAUUGGAUAUGAAAUUUAAAGGAUUAUUCGAACAGAAAAUUAACAAGGUUGGACAGCUUGGAAAUUGUUGACAUAAUUUUGUAUGGAACUUGCUGCUAUAAUUUUGUGUAAGAAACAAAAACAGAUGUCCAAGGAACAAGCGGUAUCUAUGUAUGUAUGUAUGUUUGGUGGAUUCCCAGGUUACAGAGUCUUGGAGUUUAACUUUGCUGGUGGACAGCAUAAUAUGUACAAUGAGUUCCCUUGUAUGCAGCUUUGUACCAAGAUUAUUUCA